UCAUUACCUGUUUUGAAAUCAUUUUUAUGUAAUCAUUUAAAAGAGGAAGAACGCAGUCAGAGUAUGGUUGUGUAAAUAUUUUAAUUAGUUAAGUUUUAAAAUGUCGCGGACAUUAGGAGUGUGUUGGAUUUUUCUUUGUAUUACGGCUGCUGCUAAUGUUACAGCUUAUUAUGUCCUUUCAAAUGAAACUGCCUCGUGGGACAAUGCAAAAGGUAGGGGAAACUUUGCAACACCAACAAUUCAAGGGAAUAACUCUUCUUGGUUUAUUAUCAAUAUAACAUCUGACCUAAAUGAAAAUGAAACAGCAUGGGUUGGAUAUUAUAAGAAGGAAACAGCCUUUGCUUACAUUGGAUGUAGCCUAUUAAACAAAACAGUACCAAAUGGUUUGUUGCCGACAAGGAAUAAUUCCCCAGGCAAUUGCUUUUCAUUGUGCAAAGAAACACAUCACAGUUAUAUUGGAUUAAACAAAGGCAAUUGUUUUUGCCUAAGUGAAUUACCAAGUGAAAACAUAACAUUGAGUAAAUGUGAUAUUUCUCCUAAUGGAGAUUGGAUUGCUGGUGGAAAUGAUUGUAUGUCAUUGUACCAAAAGAUCAGAGCGGAUAUACAUGUUACAAGAGGCGGGAAUAGCGGAAAAUGUCUUGUGUUUGAAGCAACGAAUAAUUAUCUUUAUUGGACACGGUGUGAAGAAAAUGACAAAAAACUAUGCAAAAAUGGUUCUGCUAUCGUUUCUGUCCAGUAUAACUCACAAACAUACUUUUCGUGGAAGCAUUAUGUGAAAGCUUGUUUCGGAAGAAACUUGUCUCCAAUCAGCUAUAAUGACACCUUGAAUUCAACAAGUAUAAUCCAGGCUACAAGUCCAACAUCGACAAAUGUUAUUCGCAGUGAUGCAGUAUAUAGAUUUAAUGAGAAACCAAAUGCAAUCAGUACAGAUGACAGUAUGAAGUAUGGAUAUAUUACUAAACGUGGGAACAUUACAUUUUUACUUUUCACUGAAACUAGUUCAAACAAACGCUAUCUGCUUCAAAUAGAUUCAGAGACAGGAUUAAAUCUACACAGUGAACAAAUACGGACAACAACCACACCGACAUCAACGACCAAAACUUACACGAAAACCACAAG